GAAACUUCUUGUUCAUAGAUUGCUUCACCUAUCAUGGCCCGAAUGGCCUUCUCGACGUUUGUACUGUUCGCAUGCGGGGUCGCUGCUUCUUCAAGGGCGACCUCGGUCAGCACCGAUACAUCCAUAUUAAUAAGCUCGGAUUCUAGGCAUGUGCCCUGGCUGCAGCCUUCCUCUUGGCAGCCGGCCCAUUCGGGGGUCACGGAACUCGAUGCCCUGCUGAAAUUGCGCGCGUCACCCUCGCGCUGGGUGACGGUGUACCUCUUGGCCCUGCCCACCAAUGCUACCGCCCUAGACUCGGCGGAAACUCGGGCCUUCCUACGACUUGCGCUCAACACCUUCCUGACGUACAGGGUGUAUGGGCACGCGGACCACGACAUCGUGGCCUGCAUGAACGCACCCGCCCUGGACUGGUGCCGCCGCUACCGGCUGCCCUGCGCCGACGCCUCCACCUACGCGGCCGACGCCGCAAACCUGAAGCGCAUCGGCUGGGCCAAGUUCAAAAUGAUGCGUGACAUCCUCAAAAAGGGCUACCACGUGCAUCUGUCAGACCUGGAUGUGUCGUACCUCAAGCCCCUGGCGCCGGCGGUGGAGGAGGUGUUCAGCUGGAGCAACGGCGCCGCUGACGGCAGCAUGAUGCAGGAGGAGUGGGUGCACCAGGACGACGCCGACAACACCGCCACGCGGCGGCCCAUCUACCUGGCUAACACGGGGGUGGUGUGGCUGCGGGCCAAUGAGCGCGGCGUCAAGCUCAUGGAGUCGCUGUUGAAGUGGGAGGGAGACAGCUACCAGGAUCAGUACAUCGCGACGCACGUGGCGUACGAGUCCUGGGCGCCCUGCCAGGAGGAGGCGACCUGCCUAGUGGUGCGCGGCCGCGGCAUGGCUGCCAUCACGCGCCACCCGGCCCAGUUCGCACACAGCAACUGUGAGCCGGAGCCGCACUACGCCCACUGCGCCUCACGGCGGCUGUACGUGCACGCCAUAUGCCGCGGGCAGAACACGGACAAGGAGGCUUUCCUGAGGAGCGUCAAAGCCAUGUUCAUAUUGCCGCCGCCGGUCGGAGCCAGGAGCGGAGGCGGCAGCGGCCGAUUGCAGGAUGACGUGGCCGUGUUCGGACAGCAGGACAUGGCCGUGGCGGCCGCCGGCGGCCUGCCCUGCCCGGCACACCAGCAACGGGCCUGGUCGGUUCGCUUCUACCCCGCCUACACGGCCUCGGGUGCCGACGUGGGUGCGGGGACUGCGGGCGCAUCCACUGCGGACGCUACAGGUCCCGGCCCGACAACGACGGCUGCUGGCGGCGCCGGCGGCGCGCAAACGGGAUCUGGGUCGGCGGCGGAAAUGCAGACAAGUCAGGAGGCGGUGGCCGCGCAUAUGAGUGCCGAGUCUGACAAAGUGCGGGCGCAGGCGCUGCAAGAGCGCACCAGCAGCAGCAAGCCCGGUCACAGCCGCAAGGCGCACCAGCGCCCGCAUCGCCACCUGAUGCGGCUGCGGAGCUAAGGGCUAUUUAUUUGCAAGCAGCAGCUGUGUUGGCUUGGUGUACAUAUGGUGCGGUUCCUUUGGCAACGUUUGUGCUUUAUGGCGCAUGCAGCAGUCCAGAGCUUGGGGAAGAUGCUUUGAGGAAACGAAAUGCGCGGGAAGACAGGUGUAGCGCGCUCCAUUAUUAUGUAAGCAAUUCGGGGUUGCGCUCGUACGACGGCACGUUUAGGCCUGUAGGGCGCCGUGCAUUCAUGCUAGCGACGCAUUCAUGCAUUUUUGGGCUGAGCCCCCCCAGCGAAGCGUUCCAGGGGGGGGCGAAGCCCCCCAGGAACACCCCUGUCCGUGCGUUCGUUCGUGCGUGCGUCGGCAAAACAUAGCAUACUGGCGCAAACCGCGAGUGCUACGUAUUAGUAUUUGUUAAUGUCUAUUGCAUGUAAAUAGGUGGCAGGGAAACUUCGGGCGGAGCGAGAAGUGCCUUCGCGGUCCAUGGACAAUUGACUUUCGCGAGGUCGCAAGGAAAGCAUCCGGUGCCCGCUGAUAUGCAGUCUCUAAGGCAAACUAUGUUGGCGGCAAGCAAAGCGGGGAAGUAUAUCGAAAGUUUAAUGAGCGACUUGCCGAGCCAUGCCGACGCGCCAGAAUGCCGAGAAGCCCCGAGGUCGCCCCCGCCCCGCGCCUAGCCCUUUGAGCGUGGGGCGCCGGGGAGGUGUUGAGUAUGGCAGGAGGCGAAAGAAAUGCUUGGGGUGUUUGGGAACGUGGCAAGGCACGCAUGCGUGGCGCGGGAAAUCCCGCACGCCCCCAACCCGAGUGUCCCUAGCCGAUGCGCCUGCGCGUCGUAGCGGCAUGGAGGCUCUGACGGGGCGUUACACACCUAUUAGCUCCCAAGCGUACGGGGGCUCAGCCCAUUUUCCAGCUGUACAAAGCUGACACCCCUUGUUGCCUUCAUGCACGCUUUAGUACGGUAAUGUUCAUGUGGUAUACUCCAUUCCGUGAUAUUCUUACCAGUUAAUGCUGCACCGGCGGCACGUGAGGGUCAUGGUGAACCUGAUGGGGCGUUGCUUCAUGGCAGUGAGCAGUGACGUUUGCCAAUGGGCGCAAUGUGGGCCCCGGGACUUUGCAAGUCAAUGCGGAGGAGGAUAACGAUACUUCCCGGGUGCAGUUAGGAAGUCUGUCAGCGGCGAGCUGCUACCGGGCGUCCGGGAACCUAGAGGCGGUUGCUAGCACGAGUGGGACGUCGGUGAGCGGACGCUAUGUCCGUGCGUGGCAAUCGGCAGGGCGGGAGGUGUGGAACGUCGUGGUGAUGGUGACGCCCCAGGAACGCAGCGCAUUGAUCAGGGCCGCACGCCUGGUCCGCAGCACAGGUGUGGUGGUGGCGCCUUACCUGACGUCCGUAGGGUGUGCACUGCGCAAGGAGCUUUCGAAGGGUUUCGAGCAGCAGGGCUGAAGCCCCGAUGGAAGGGAGGGGCGGGCAUUCGGUGCCAAGGCACCUAAUCACCUAGGCUGACGGGCUAGCAGUUGACGUAGUUGGCAUUGAGUAGUACAGUCGAACACGCCUAACUUCGUUGCGCAAAGUAAGUUUCCCGGCGUUAUAAGGGCCCACCGGCCCGGGCCACUGGUACUUACGGGGACAGGAUAGCACGCAUGCUCGUGCACACCACCUUGUAACCAACAACAACA